CAUCCGUCAUGAAGCGUAAGAACUCAAUAAUCACCAUAGAAAUUCCUACAAAGCAACAAAGGGUCGAGAAUAACCCUCCCUCACCGGACUUUUGGCCUGAUAGCCCAACUGAAUAUGGGGUUAACGACCCGGUGGACUUCUGGCCACCAACCCCAACCGCCGAAGCUAACGACAUACAGGCUUCUAUGCCAUUCGACACACCUCGGAGCGAAGUUGUGGUACUCAUAACCCAACCUCCUCCGGAAGCUAUUUCCAAGUAUGUUAGGAACGACAAAUCGUUUAGAAACUACCAACAACAACAAAAUAAAAACCUUCCUUUCGUGGCCCUCAAAGGGAGAGUCUUCUAUGUAGGGGACCGAGUGGCCUGUUUAAAGGAAGACGGGACCCUGGCUGCUGCGCGAAUUUUAGAUAUAGACUCGCCUAAGUUUCCCCUUAUAGAUCCGCAACUUCAAGAACGGAUCUUUGUCCAUUUUGAGGGGUGGGGUCCGGAACACGCAAAGAUGGUAACCGAGCUCAACAUUAGGGCGUACACUCAGGAAGCUGUGUUUGGACCAGGCGGGAGGGACGACUCUAAAACUUGGCAGUUGUACAAGACCUUUUACUCAAGCGAAGAAGGACAAGACCGUCAACUUAGUCGGCAUCCAGAGAAACCUGAACGAUGCAUCGAAAUCAUGAACAAAUUCGAAUCGCAAGGCCUUCUCCGCAAGGUUAAGCGACUGCGAACACGGAUGGCUUCAAAGGACGAGUUAGAAGAAUGUCACUUUGACCGACAUGUUGCCACAUACUUCUCCUCAAAGCCGCUUAUAAUGCCUCAUACAAAUAAUGAUGCCGUAAUCUCAAUAGGAAAGGGCGACACAGCCACAAACGAAAAGAAAGUUUGGACUCCCGCGAGCCUUAAAGAUAAGAUGCUUUGUGGUGAAUUGGGAAUAAGCUGUGAUACUACUUAUAAUCCGUUCGGAACCCCAAAUGCUGCACGAAUGGCCGCGGGUUCGGUGAUCGAAAUUGUAGAUGCCGUUGCGUCUGGAAAGUGA